AGUCGCAUAUCUCUUCUUGUUAUCGGGGAUCCGUCUGUGGGCUAUUUCAUAAUGUAUAUAAACGCACCGGAAUCGUGCAAUGUUAUGUUUUUAUUAUGCUUUUUAAUAAGGAGUGGUAUGACUUUGAAGAAUGAUGCUACGGAGAUUUUCUACGCUCAUGUGGUCAGCCCCGUUCAGGAUGCUCAGAGCAAUGCGUCUCUAAAUCGCGCGCGCUCCGGCGGCAGAGGGCUCCCUGCGCACGAGAGAGGCGAACGUGUUCCAGUUGGCUGCAGAGAACUGCGAUCAACAAAGUACAUUUCAGAUGGCCAAUGUACCAGCAUUAACCCUGUUAAAGAACUGGUGUGCACAGGACAGUGCCUUGCAGCGCAGAUGCUGCCCAACUGGAUCGGUGGAUACGGUAGAAAGUUCUGGAACCGGCGAAACAGUCAGGACUGGCGCUGCGUAAACGACAAGACCCGUACCCAACGGAUUCAGCUCCAGUGUCAGGAUGGGAGCACCAGGACCUACAAGAUUACUGUAGUGACCUCCUGCAAAUGCAAAAGAUACACACGGCAACACAACGAAUCGGAAAAAAAGUCUGAGGGACACACUCAAACCCAGAUGCCUCACAAACCCAAAAGGCAAGGGAGGCAUCGGAACAGCAAGCUCAAUGAGAACUGGCAUGAGUCUCUGGUCUAUAACUGACACAGACAGUAAAUGUUCCCAAUUAAAAGAACUAUGAGAGCUUGUGGGGUCAACUCAUAUGAGCAAAUGUGCUGCAUUUGAAAAUGAGUGCAGGGCUCUGACUCAAACAGUUCACAGCAGUCAUUGGAAGGAAUAGACAAAUGUUAUUACCAAUAAAUUAACAACAAACAUGCAGCCCAUAGCAGUGACCCUGUGACAAAGAUAUGUCCAUACAUACUGUAUGUCAAAAAGACUGACACACUGUCUUGCUCAUGAUCUGCAACAACUGCAUAUUGUAUUGCAAAAUGAAUGGAAUUAGACCUGCGAUUUGUAUUGUAUUUGUCAUAACUGUCUGAUAUAUGUAAUAAAAAAAAAUCCAUAAAUGUUACUUUACUUGCAAUAGUGUAAAUGCUACGCCAGCAGAGACAAAAACUGUAUCUCUCAAACUUGAGAAAUGCAAAGCUAUUUGUAAAUGAAGUAUCUGUAAAUACACACACAUAUUUUCUUUUGUGUAAUUACUUGUUUUGCAGGACCUUUAUUUGUUCUAAAAUGUCAUAUUUAGUAAUAACUUGAUGUAAUAUAUUUUUGAAUGUUUUCAGUUUGUACAAGCAUUAUCAGACAUGAUAUUGCACUCUAGUGACAAUGUUCAUAUUGACUGUUACAGG